GAUCAUGAAAACCGCUGUUAUCGUUGGACUUUUGUGCCUAUUGGCGAUCGCAUAUGCUGCCGAUGAGCAGAAAAUCGAUAAAUUGCAAAUUGGAGUCAAGAAGCGUGCCGAGAACUGCGUUCAGAAAUCCAGAAAGGGUGAUCAAUUGCACAUGCACUACACCGGAACCCUUCUCGAUGGAACUGAAUUUGAUUCCAGCCGCACUCGCAAUGAAGAAUUCACUUUCACUCUUGGACAAGGAAAUGUGAUCAAGGGAUGGGAUCAAGGACUUCUUAACAUGUGCGUCGGAGAGCGUCGUAUUCUCACAAUUCCACCACACCUUGGAUACGGAGAACGUGGAGCCCCACCAAAGAUUCCAGGCAACUCUGUCCUCAAGUUCGACGUUGAGCUCAUGAAGAUUGACAGAGACGGAGAAGAAUUGUAAACGAACUACGGAUAUUUAGAAAACGUGCCUUUUGUAACUUAUUCAUGUUCUCAGAGUAUAAUUUUUUUUUGCA